GUGAUGAGCGAAUAGAACAAGCGACACAACAGUGCGCAUUAAUUUACUCUUUGCGACAAUUUAAAAACCAGACAUCCAUCGCAUCACCGGGGAACUGCAGAGCCCGCGCUGAGAGGCCGCGCUGGUCCACGGAGGUCUCAGUGUUCAACUGUUUCGCUAGCUGCUCAAGUAGCCAGUCGCGCUAACGUGCGCUAACUGCGGAAGGAGAGCGAGGGGAGCUGGCGGGCGGCUCCGACAACAAGCAGACAAGUCGAGCUGACUUUCUUUUUUAUUAUUAUCAAGCGACCUCUUUAUUUCACACGUCACGUUCUCCACCUUGAGGUUAUCGGGUUGAGUUGGUGGGACGGAGCGGGCCAUCCUCACCAGGACACUCCCGUUACACCUCUGACGAGGAAGGCAGAGAGACGAGGAAAGGGGUCAUCUUCGCUGAUCCGACGCCAUGGCCCUUUCACCUCUUCAAAGUGGACUGCCGGGGGUUCAGAAUUUCAGAGCCGAUCCAGAAGAAUUCUUCACUAAGCUGGACCGGAUAGGGAAAGGCUCUUUUGGUGAAGUUUUUAAAGGCAUCGACCGUCGGACACAGAAAGUUGUGGCCAUUAAAACUAUUGAUCUGGAAGAAGCAGAGGAUGACAUCGAAGACAUUCAACAGGAAAUCACAGUUCUCAGCCAGUGUGACAGUCCCUUUAUCACCAAGUACUAUGGAUCAUACCUAAAGGGGACAAAAUUAUGGAUCAUCAUGGAAUAUUUGGGUGGAGGAUCAGCCCUGGAUUUGUUGGAACCAGGGGCCCUGGAUGAAACACAGAUUGCCACAAUUCUGAGAGAGAUCCUGAAAGGGCUUGAGUAUCUGCACUCUGAAAAGAAAAUCCACAGAGAUAUCAAAGCGGCCAAUGUGUUGCUGUCGGAACAAGGCGACGUGAAGCUGGCGGACUUCGGAGUGGCGGGCCAGCUGACAGACACCCAGAUCAAAAGGAACACCUUCGUUGGAACUCCUUUCUGGAUGGCACCUGAAGUCAUAAAGCAGUCUGCCUACGACUCAAAGGCAGACAUCUGGUCAUUAGGAAUAACGGCAAUAGAACUGGCUAAAGGAGAGCCGCCGCACUCUGAGCUUCAUCCCAUGAAGGUCUUAUUCCUCAUCCCAAAGAACAAUCCACCCACACUGGAAGGAAACUACAGUAAACCACUUAAAGAAUUUAUUGAAGCCUGUUUAAAUAAGGAGCCUAGCUUUAGGCCAACUGCCAAAGAGCUGUUGAAACAUAAGUAUAUUGUACGGCAUGCCAAAAAGACGUCUUAUCUGUCGGAGCUGAUUGACCGAUACAAGAGGUGGAAAUCGGAGCAGUCUCGGGAAGAAUCCAGCUCUGAUGAUUCUGAUGAGGAGACAAAUGGCCAGGCUUCUGGAGGAGAUGAUGCUGCCAACGAUGACUGGAUCUUUAACACCAUGAGGGAGAAGGACCUCCAAAAGUUUCAGAACGGAGCAGCACAGCCUGCUGAGCUUGAGAUGGAACAGGAGAGUCCAAAGAGGCCUUUGUCGCAAAGCUUAUCGACAAUCUUUUCUCCGUUGUUUGCUGAGUUGAAAGAAAAGGGCGAGACGCGUAACGGCAAGCCGGAGGCUGUGGAGGAGCUGCGGGACGCCUUUUUCCUGGCAGAAGAAACGCACCCGGGGAUCUGUGACUCCCUGGUGGCUGAACUAGUGCAGAGACUUCAGAGGUUUUCUGUGCCACAGACAUCUGCCAGUCACUGAGAGGCGCCACAUCCAGCUUUGCUUUAAUUCUCCACCCUGGUGGCAGCAGUCAGAUCUUUUCCUCUGACCUCCACAGCCGGGAUGAAGUCUCCCAGGAAGGUCUCCAUCACUCAUUUGCCUGAAGCAAAUCCUGGCCUAUAUAAUGUCUGUUUAUACGCUAGCACACCACCCGAGGGUCCUAUUCAGGACAGUCGGUGGCCAGCCGCUCGGCUGCCGCCAUGAAUGCCACCUGCUAUGAAAUGUCCCUUCUCAAUACCUGCCGUUUUUAUUUUGAUGGUGGAGUCUGCUGUCUUUCUGCAAGGACUCUUUGAGAUUUUGAUUUUGAUGUGUACGGCUUUUUCACAAAGGCUUACACUCGGCAUCCUUUUGGAGAAACUACCUUGCUUAAAUUAAUUGUGUGCGUGGCUGUGCGAGACGCCCUGCGAAAUGUGCGGUGAAGUGACGAGUGGGUUGAAGCGUUCUAUUGGAAACUCAGGUGUUCUGCUUGAAGUGGAUUGGGUUCUCUGGGAGAUGGACAUAGCUCUAUAGGCUGUACAGACUUGUAAAUAUGCUAAUUUCUACAGAUUCAUGAAACGAAUGAUGAAGUGUUUGUAAUGGAACCACUGUGUACAAAUGGCCAAAUGCAAUCUAGAUGAUGGUUGUGAGGUAAAUAUUUUGAGACUAAAACGGCCGUACAUGAGAUGGCCUUGUCUUUCUACUUGUUCUUUUGUAUAUCGGUCUUUGAUUUCUCCGGUCGUGAAACCUUUUCAGAAGUCAUCCAGUGAACGAGAAUGGCUGCCCUCCAUCAUGUUUUACCCUUGAUCUAUUAUACGUUUCUUAAUACUCUUUAUGGUUUCACUCUAUGCUGUGGCCGUCACAGUAUUGGAGAAUGUAAAAAAAACACACGGCUGCGGCGAGGUGUGAACCGGCCGCCGUGUUGCCGGCUCCGUUCCACACGGCCUCCAGGUGUUGAUUUGUUGGACUUGGCCUCGUCCCGUCUGUUCGGCUGUGCGUUUGUGACCGCUGACCGCUGAGAUGAACUGAGGCGCCGUCCAUCCAUUCCAUUAACAGGGCAGUGCCAUCAUUUAGUUCAUGAAUCUGCAGACUUGGAGCUGCAGUGGUACUCUCCAUCUCCUCAGCUUACCUUCAGCUUUAAUUGCACUUCAAGUAUAAAUGCCUUUUGUCUAUAAACAAAGUAGCCAUAAAACGGUAGCACGAGACUUGCAGCAUUUUUGCAGGUGUGUUGCCUGGGAUAAAAAAAAAGUCCACCUGAAGUCUCGCAGCGUGGACUCUCGUUGGCCACGCAGUGUCAUAUCUGCCUGGGUCAAAUCUCUCCAUUUGGACUUGUGAGCGGUUUUCACUUGUACAGUAAAUCAAUGCGUUGUAGACCGACUGCUCUCAGAUGUCGAUGUUCACCUGAAGACGGGCGGCACUGCGGUGGCUUCUGACUGCAUGAUGGUGUGACGGUCGAGCGCCGCAGCAGUAUGUGUUGUAGCAUACCGGUCAGGAGGAAUGUCCAGUCCGGAGUUGAAUCAGCCUUAUAUUAUUUGUGAUGAAUAGAAUCGGCUUUAAAAUGUUAGCUCCAGUGCUUUGAUUGUGAUUUCCCCCCCCCUCCCUUUUUUUCUGUGACAUUAAAAUGCAUAUGCCGCAAUACUUUUUAAAGAUCAAACAUAUUUAUUUAAUUACAUGCGGCAGUAUGAUGCAUGCGUGAACAAAUGGACAACUUUUUCUUCUUCACAGACGAGGGGCUUUUCAUAAUGCUUAUGAAGCCUGAUAUUAUUUUUCCUACGGGCAACAUAUGGUAAACAAGUUAACGCAACAGUGCUGAACAACACCGAGCUGCUCGCUGUCUCUGGGAGUUGGAUUAGAAGAUCAAUCGUUGGUAAUAUUUCUUCCUGAAACAUGCGGCUCAGCUGGCUAGCUUAGCACAGACUGUAAAACAAAUGCACGUUUCACUGCUAGCUGUGGCUUCAUAUUUCCCGUUAAGGACAGGAAGCGGUAUCCAUCCUCUUCUGUAACUCUCCGCAGGAAAGCCAAUGAGCAUAUUUCCCAUAUUGUCAAAUUCUUUCUGACUGAACAUUUCCAUACAGAACAUACAUGUAAAAAUGUCCUUUUUCUUUUCUGCUUGCUGGUUGUGGCGAAAUACAAAGUCGAGUAUAUUGUUCAAAGUAGAACCCGGUUGACCAAAUCAAGAAAAGGGACCCGACUCAACGAUCCCAUUUUAAUCUGUUUGACCGUGUUCUGCUCUUCAUUCAAACUUGUGAAAUGUGCCACGCCCCUCCAUCCCAAACUGAGACAAAUUAAAUUUGCACCGUUUGACAUGGUCUGUUAUGAUUAUAUUUUAUUUUAUGUGUUGCACUUUGCAGAUUUAUUCUUUUUUUUAUUUGUAUGGUAGUUAAAAAGGCUACAAUGUUAUGUUGCAACUCCACCAGAUUCAUUUCCUUCCCCCGUCCCUUUGUGUUGUAUGGCAAUAAAGCAGUGUGAUCGCCAAGAGUCAAUCCUUAGCACAAGUAGGCAUAUAUUCUAUUAAACUAUUUUUAUAACCCAAAAGAGCAGUAUUGUGUAAUAGAGGGAGUACCGUAUGGUUCUGUGAUGUGUCAGUAAACACUGGAGAGCAGUCACUUGAGAUGUGCGGUUCAUUUUGUGUGACUUUGCUGACGGUUUAUAGUCCAGUGUUCAUGUUUGCUCAUGCAGGACAGUGCUGUGGGAUUUAUUGAACGUUGUCAAAUGAUUUAAGGAACAAAUAAAAAUCCAGAACAAUU